GUAGUUUCUAUCGGUCUCUAUCCGUAUGUGAUAUAGGUAAAAUAGAAAUAUUAUUAUUAUUCGACUCCGGUAUCAGACCGCGAGCCCGCGCCACCCUCUACAGCCGCUCGCUCUCGCCCGCACCGCGUCAGCCAUUGGCUCAGUCGCAUUUUGACAUCGACACGUAGUGCACAGCUUGCCGUCAUUUCCUAUACCUCAUCACAUAAAUUCAUUCCCAGCACAAGAUGGCCUGCUCCGUAGACGCACCCUCCCUCAAGGACCUGCCCAAGGUAGCCACCGACCUCAAGAGCCAGCUGGAAGGCUUCAACACCAGCUGCCUAAAGGAUGUCGACACCAACGAGAAAAUCGUACUCCCGUCUGCAGAAGAUGUUGCCACAGAGAAGAACCAAAAGUCCCUAUUCGACGGAAUCGAAAAAUUCGAUGCCACUAGGUUGAAACACACUGAAACACAGGAAAAGAAUCCGCUUCCCGACAAAGAUGUCGUCGCAGCAGAGAAGGCGCACCAGAAUCUCCUAGAUGGGGUGGAGCACUUCGACAAGAGUCAGAUGAAACACGCGACGACCGAAGAAAAGAACCCUCUGCCGCCUAUCGAAGCUAUCGAAGCGGAAAAGGAAAAGAACAAGUUCUUGAACGGCAUCGAGAACUUCGACCCCACCAAACUGAAGCACACUGAGACAUGCGAGAAGAACCCCCUGCCAACCAAGGACAUAAUCGAGCAAGAGAAGACCGCUUGAAUAGCGACUACAAUUCAAUGAGGGCUACCGUUCUCUGUCUCACCAGAUGGCGCCACUGUUGACUGAGGUCCUGAAUUGUAAUUUGUAAAGGGGCCCUUAUACGGAACGAUUGAUCUGUACGAUCCGUCGAUUCAGACCGAUCGAAACGAUGGAUCGACAGUAAAUAAAACUAGUUUUUACGGGUUAAUGCACGAAACUUUAUUUAUUUAUUGACGUUUCGUAGCCUUUAUAGGCUUCGUCGUCAGAAUAAAACGACAGUGUAUGUCAAGAUCGUUAACGAUUUACUUAAUCGCAGACGAUAUCGGAGAUCGCAACAAUAACACAUGCAAUCAUGAAUAUCGUAAACGAUCGAUCGUCAGUGUCCCUUAUACGGUACGAUUGAUCUGUACCAAUUGUCUGUAUUGAUCUUAACGAUUUUCUUCAGAUCGAUCGCAACGACGAAUCGUUCCGUAUAUGGGGCCCUUAAAGUUUAUUAAUACGCUCAUGAAAUCAAAGUUUACAUUUAAAAUUAUAUUGUAAUACAAAAGUA